ACAGACGAUACCCUCCUCGCGCGCCUCAACGCCCUUAAAGGCACACCCAUCUCUCCCUCCCGUACACCGCAUGCCUCCAUAACUCCAACGCGACCUACUCGUCCUACAACACAAGACGACGACCUCCUCGCGCGUUUCGCUAGACUCGGGUCUGCUAGUCCGAUAGCGUCGGCUUCUUCGCCGCGGGCUUUGAAGAAAGGAGAAGGGGAAGGAGGAGGAGGAGGAGGAGGAAGCGCGCCCGUGAUUGCUCCCGGCGCGGAGAGUUAUCUUGAGGCUGUUGCUGAGGGUAUUGGGUCUGCUGGUGAUGAAACUCAGGUGAAUGAGGAGGAUGAGAGGAGUUUGGAGGAGUUGGUUAGGGAGUUGGAUGUUGCUGGUGGGUUGGGAGGGGAGGCGAGAGGGUGGGAUGUUUCGAGGGAGGAGGAGAGGGAUUUGGGGAGGUUGGUGAGGGAGGUUAGGGGGGCGUUGCCGGGGGAGGACGGGGUGGAUUGGGAGAAUGUAGAGUUUGAUGUUGGGAGUGGAGGGGUGAGGGUUGGGAAGGACAGUCCGCCAAACAACGACCCCAAGAAAGAAGACGAACGCACCAACCCGUACAAAACCGAGGAAGAAGAAGCAGAAGAACUGGUAUCCCGCGUCCUCAACGAAACGCCCGAACCUCCGACUCCUCCAGCCAACAACGACCCGCAAAGCGACAACAACGAAAACAACAACAGCAACGAUGAAGGCGACAGCGAUGACGAUCCCCUCACCCUCCCAUCGGUCCCUUCAGACCCCUCCCCCCUCCCGCCCUCCUCCCUCCCCCAAACCCUCGCCACAGAAGAAGACCUCACCCGCCGCUUCGCCUCCCUCUUCUCGUCCCCAGCCCCAUCAACCAACAACUCCGACGACCUCACUCUCCCCUCCGUACCCACAGCCUUUAAAUCCAAAUCCCAGUCCCACACCCUUUCCAACCUCCCCACCUUCACAGACGAGGAGAUCGCCUCAUGGUGCUGCAUCUGCAACGACGAUGCGACGCUCAAGUGUCUGGGUUGCGAUGGGGAUCUGUAUUGUCGGGAUUGUUGGAUGGAGGGGCAUAGGGGGGAGGGGGCCGGGUGGGAGGAGCGGACGCAUAAGGCUGUUGUGUAUGCGAGGGAUAAG